AGCAAACUCACAUACUUAACAAAAGUCGUAGACAAAGCUGUUUGUGUGCGAUGUUUUCGUUUUAUUAUUUGUUUAUUUUAUGUUUUUAUUCCUUACUUCAUAAUGCACUUUCGUUUCGGUGUGACCGAAAACCGUAUGGUUCUAAUACGCUAUCCUCGGAACCGGAUGGCAGAUUCAAGUUGGAAGUGUUAGGGGCUGAAAAUAAUGCCUAUAUUCCUGAACAACUCUACAUAGUUCAAUUGAAAGAAACAGACGAUGAAUCAUCGUUCACGAGUUUCAUGAUAUCUGCUGAAGGGGACGUCAAACAAGAUCCCAAGAACCCUCGGCGUUUGGUUCCCCUGUAUCCUGGCGAGCUGAGGCCUCAAAGUACUGGCACAGCUAAGUUCAGUGACCGAUGUCUCUACUCCGUCGAACAGGCCAUGAGCUCUCAUAAAACUUCUGUUGAGGUUUACUGGCAAGCGCCAUCCUCGGGCAAUGGGUGUGUUACCCUUCGUGCCAUGGUAGCAGUGAAUAAUGAAGUCUGGUUUGAAGAUGGCGGGCCACUGACGCAGAAGUUAUGUGAAGACAUGAGGCAGCCCGACGACGUCGCCCCGCAGCUUAACUACGAGUGCGGGGUCUGUGAUGAAGCAAAAUAUGAGCUUACCUUCACUGGUAUUUGGUCACGGAACACUCACCCGUAUUUGUACCCUGAGAACGAUUGGGUUCCAAAAUACAGUGACUUGGUCGGAGCCUCCCACAACGCUGACUACAUACUGUGGAUGCCUGGGACUCUUGCCAGUGAUGGCUUUAAAGAUCUGGCUGAACAUGCCAAUUCAAGCAGCCUUGAAGCUGAAAUCCGGGAGAAGAUUGGCGACGGAGUACGAACUCUAAUUAAAGGCAAGGGCCACGGCUACCGCAAGAUGAACGUUCCCACUUACUCCUUCUUUCGAGCGGACAAAGAAAACCACCUCUUCUCAGCUGCCGUAGCCUUCCAUCCAUCACCAGACUGGUUCCUGGGAGUCACCAGGUUUGAUCUCUGCACGGAAGAUAAUACGUGGCUUGUUGAAAGAGAGCUCAAUCUCUAUCCGUGGGAUGCUGGUACAGACAGCGGUAUAUCUUAUGAAUCGCCUAAUAUCCAAACGUUUCCACAAGAUGCCGUAGCUCGAGUCCAAAUGAGUUCGUAUGAUAAAAACUCUCCGUUUUAUGAAGUUGACAUCAAAGACAUGCAUCCCUUUGGAAAGUUCCACAUCAAGUUGAUAAGGACUUAUCACAGAGAAUGUGAAGAGGAAGAACCGACAGAAGAACCUCCAGCAACAGAAGCUCCAGAAACAUCUCAAGAAAGCGCCGAGACGAGUGAAGAAACCAAUCCGGAGCCAGCCGCGCCAUCCAGGUAUCAAACACAACUAGAUAGCGCCGGGGACGGGCGUGAAGCCCCAACAGUAACAAAUCCACAACCAACACCAGCUGAAGAGAUCCCUGCGUCGGUGUGUCCUAUGUCCCCUUGGCAGGAGUGGAGCUCCUGUGACGGGGAGUGCGAAGAUGGAAAGGUAGUCGGAUACCGGUGGAGGGAACGAUACCACCUGGUCGAUGGAAUCCCUGUCGAAAAGUAUGAUCCACAUGCUAAGCAUCAUUACAAGAAGGAGGUCUCGAAGAUAUGCAAGACUUUCUUCGAGACUUUCGAGCGAGAGGCUUGUGAGGAUGAAUGCGAGGUAGAAGAAGAUGAAGAAGAAGAGGAGCUUACAGUUGGCCGCCGAGUAAUGGCCCCUAUCUUACCAGGAGGAGCUUGGAAGUCAAAAAGAAGAGAUGUGAUGAUACGAUACUGGAAAAGACCGUCAAUGUAGGCGAUAACGUAUUGUUUCUAUAAUAUAUUCAUCAUGAAUACUAUUUUAAGAUAAUAAAACAUGAA